GCCACAUUCACACGCACCUGUAGGAUGAAGAUGCUACCUGCGCUCUGAAGAGUUCGGAUUUAUUCUUUCCUCCUCCUUCACCCCCAAGUUCGCGCCGGAGUUAUAGACACUUUUACUAAGAGAAAAUGGCAGCAGCCUCGACAGAUUCGGGACAGGGUUCCUCCAAAAUCACCCCCGAAGUGCUGCAGGAGAUGCUCCAGUUCUACAACCUGAGCCGCCAGGAGUUCAUCAACACUUACAACAUCCAGCCGCUCGUCUACAUCCCCGAGCUGCCGUACAGCGCCAAGACCACCUUCGUCAUCAUGUACGUGGUGAUCUUCGUCCUGGCUCUGGCUGGAAACAGUCUGGUCAUCUACAUAGUUCUGAAGAAGCGGGCGGUCCAGACGGCCACGGACAUCUUCAUCUGCUCCCUGGCGGUCAGCGACCUCCUCAUCACUUUCUUCUGCAUACCUUUCACUUUGUUACAGAACAUCUCGUCUGAAUGGUUUGGAGGGGUUCUCGUUUGCAAGACAGUUCCUUUUGUGCAGACCACAGCCAUAGUGACAGGCAUCCUGACAAUGACCUGCAUCGCCAUUGAGAGAUACCAGGGCAUCGUCUUCCCUCUGAAAAUGAGGCGGCAGUACUCGUCUAAACGAGCGUACAAGAUGCUUGGGCUUGUAUGGAUGGCUUCUGUAAUCGUGGGUUCGCCGAUGCUAUUUGUGCAGCAGCUAGAGGUGAAGUAUGACUUCCUGUACGACCACUACCACGUGUGCUGUCAGGAGAGCUGGAGCUCGCUGACCUACAGACAGGCGUACACCACCUUCAUCAUGGUGGCUCUGUUCCUGCUGCCUCUGGCAGCCAUGCUGUUCCUCUACACACGCAUCGCCAUUGAGCUGUGGAUUCGCAAGAGGGUGGGCGACGCGUCGGUCCUGAAUACCAUGAACCACAGGGAGAUUGGCAAGAUCUCCAGGAAAAAGAAAAGAGCUGUGAAAAUGAUGGUCACAAUCGUCCUGCUAUUCACCAUUUGCUGGGCUCCUUUCCACACAGUCCACAUGCUGUUUGAGUACAAUGAUCUGGAAAAGAAGUACGACGGCGUCACCCUGAACAUGAUCAUCGCCAUUGUUCAGGCCAUUGGCUUCUUCAACAGCUUCAACAAUCCGAUCGUGUACGCCUUCAUGAAUGAGAACUUCAAGAAGAGCUGCGUUUCCACCCUCUCCCACUGUCUCCGUAAACCGAACCACCAGGGUGCCCCCACAGUCGCGCCGAGACUAAGCGUGCAGUUCAUCAAACCACAGAGCAGAGAAGCCUUCGUGAACGCAGAUGAAGACAACAGCUCAGAGCAGCGCUCGGCAGAGAGGGGAGCCUCAUGCUCAUCAUCGCACAGAGAGAGCUCCCUGGGAAUUAUUGGAGAGAAAAUUUCCACCAUCCAAACCGAGCUCCCUCCGAACAGCUCUUCUCAAGUCAAAUAAAACGUCCGGGUGCUUUCGAUUUGCAAAUCUGCCGUUUGCGAUCAUCAGCUGCCACGGAAUUAGAGCAGCUUUGAGAACGUGACAAAUAACAAAGACUCGGAGCUCCAAAGCCUUUUCUGCAUCCUGUGCAGCGCCAGGAGCCGGAGAACGAGUGUUUUUAAGCAGUCAGAACGUAGAAUGAGUUUUAUUGUAAAUAGGUGCAGCAACAGAGUCCGUACUGAGACACUGAAACGACCGUUUGCGAUUGAAACUGAGACUUUAUUUGUGCUUUAGAUGGAACCUGAAACGUCAUGUUCACUGAGCGUUUAAAAAUGAUGUUUUAUCAUGAAUGAGCCACAACUGCAGUAUUUUCUGUGGUUUUCUGCUGUAGCAGCAACUAUUUAGAAAUGUUAAUGAAGAACACGCUGCAGUGUCAUGCUUGUGGCGUGGAACUGUGGCUGCUCUUCUGCUUCAGUCGUUAAUUUGCUUUCGUUGUGCAUAAGCUGAAGUCACUUCACGUUAAUUGUGCACUUUAUUGCUAGCCUGAAAAAAAAAAAAAAAACAUUUGCAGAGAUUCAAUAAUAUUGACUGAAAUUUAUUGCUGUUUAAAUUCUAACUGAAUGUACGUUUUUAAAGUCAGAUGCACAUAAUUUGCUACAAGGCUGCAACUCAACUCGGUGACAAAAGACUUUUGUUUUGUUUUGUUUUUAACUCUGACAGUUAGCAGAAGCAACCUGCAGAUGACAGCUCCCUUGUUUUUUUGUUGUUUUUUUUAUCCUUGUGACUACAAGUACAUCUCAUUAAAUUGGGACGUCAUCAGCAGGUUAAUGUUUCACUAACUUAUAAUGAAAAAUGUAUAUUUAUUACACACAAACUAAUAUUGAGGAUUAUGGUUUACGGCUGAUGAAAAUCUAAAACUUAGUCUCCCGGAAAUUUCAAAUAUUACACCAAUUAAAAAAAAAGCAAACAUCUCAACACAAAAGUCGACCUACUAGAAAAGUAUGUCCUUGUACUGAACAAUUUAUGUAUGCAUAAGUUUCCUUUUGUAUGGACCUGACGGUCCUUAAGGUUGCCUAGUCCUGCUGAAAAAUGAAAUAUGCAUCCAACAAAGUUCAUCAGAAAAGGGAAGACUGACGUGACUUAACAUUUCCUGAUAGACAACUCCGCUGACUUUGGAUUUGAUCAAACAAAACUUUUCCUUUUUUGUCCUUCCACUAAAAUAUUAGUAUGCUUGGAGUUUUUAAUGCUCCUUCUAUAGAAACAUAUUUGGAAUUUUCAUGAGCAGCAAACCAUGUUCAUCAAAAGUAACAGAAACACUCAAAAUACAGCAUGCAAGGCAUUUUGAUCUGGAGUUCCCUGUUUUUUAACUCAUGAUAAUAUUCUAACUUAUUGAGCUGCACAUUGCGUAAUGUGAAAAUAAAAUCUAUAAUGUGAACUAUUGUGAAAAAUGUAUAUGACGACGUUUGAUAAUUUACACCUAAAGUUCUAACCUUUACAUAAAUCUCAUCUCACAGUUGUUUUACUGAUGUUUUACAAGUCUAUUUUGCGAAUAAAGGAAAUGAGACAGCUGGUCGCAGAUGCCUUGUUUCACUCAGAUUAGAGUGGUCCGGACCUCAAGAAAACUAUUAUUUAGUGUGCAAUUUAAAAUUGGUGCUGAAAGUGUGUUCCCUUGGGGGCUUUUGUUUGUUUGUUUGUUUUGUUUGUGGAGAAAAUUGCUGGUUAAAUUGCAGAUUUGUGGCAGUGUUGUUGCUUUCAGGGACGGUGUAGUUCUCUUGCAUGGGCUAAGACACUUUAGUUGUUUGCAAAAAAUGAAGCUCUUACAUUUUUGACGAAGCCUUUCUAACCUGAUGGGAUGGGAGGUUAGAAAUGUCGUUGCCAGUUUUCUUUGAAAAUGGCAGCGGCUAGUCUUCAGUGCAAAAAUGGCAGUGACCAGUGCAAAACAUUUAUUUAUUUAUUUUUUUUAUCAUUUAAGUGCUUCAGUUUAAAAUGAGAACUGACUUUGCGUAAACCUUUUUUGAGUCACACUUCAGCCACCUGUAACUCCCUGUGAUUUAGAGAAGAAAUGCCAAGAGGCACUCAAGAUGCACUAGUGACCUCAUAUCAGGUUCUAGUCAUUUUCACUCAAAUGUUAAGUGACAAAAACGUUUGAAAUGGCAAUUAUUAAGAAUGUCUGAUUUUUCUCAUUCUGCUGCAGACUGAUUGCUUUGUUUAUUUUUGAUACGUUUAAAGUUGUGUUUACAGUGCAUUGUACAAGUAUUCACACCCCAUGACCUUUUGAAGCCUGCGUUACGUCAUUACAAUGACCAACUUCAAUGUAUUUUGCUGGGAUUUUGUGCGAUAACACAAAGGAAAGGUGACACACACCGAUACCUAAAGGCAAUUUAGAAAGACCAGUGAACCUGACAGUCCAAGUUAAAGCAUUUAAAUUAAUCUGACUUGGACAAAUGUUUUCUUGACCAAACUGUGGGACACUGUUCCUGGUUUGCGCCACCCAAAUAUUGUCCGACACAUUACAGACUUUGUAGCAUUAUAAAAAAAUAAAAAACACAAUUUUGAUUGUUUAUUGAAUCUUGCAAUAAAAGACAUUACCUUUCCUAACAUUG